CAGAAAGUACCGAAUUCUGUAUAUCAUUUUUACUAUGUUUUUUGAAAUUCGUAAAUUUCUACCAUUAUUCAUUGGAAUUCUGACAGGAAUUAUUGUUAUUUCACUAAAAUCUAGAUAUGAAAAUAAACUUAUUCUCUGUAAAAAUGAUAAAACCAGGAAAAUACAUACUGAUUUACAUUUUAAAAUAGGAAAACAUGAAAAAAACCACUCAUAUCAACAGAAAGUGGUCGAACAAACUUACUUAGUUAAUAUAGAAGAAGCUGAAAAAUUACGUUCAUCUGUUCGUAUAUUGUGUUAUAUUAAUACAAUACCAAAAACACAUAGAACCAAGGCUAUUUAUGUCAAAAAUAGUUGGGCAAAACGUUGUACAAAAUAUAUAUUUAUGAGUAGUAAAUAUGAUAAAGAAUUACCAACUGUUAAGUUAAAUUUAAGUUAUCCAGAAAGUCGUAAACAUUUAUGGAGUAAAAUGCGAGCAAUUCUACGUUAUGUCUAUCAAUAUGUAGAUAAAUAUGAUUAUUUUUUAAAAGCAGAUGAUGAUACUUUCGUAGUAAUGGAGAAUUUACGAUCUGUGUUAAGUCAGCAUAAUCCAAAAGAUCCAUUUAUGAUGGGUUAUAAUUUUCCUUACCUUACAAAAAAUGGCUAUUUUUCUGGAGGUGCAGGCUAUGUUCUCUCACAAGAAGCAUUAAAACGUAUUGUUGAACAAGCUAUUGACAAACAUCCAAAUUGUCCAGUAUACGAUGAAGACAAAGAAGAUGUGAAAUUAAGUAUGUGUGGUCAACCAGUUGGUGUAAAACUUUAUCAUAUGGCUGACUUGAAUGGAACUUUUCCAUUCACCUGGCGAAGAGAACGAAGAAACUAUUAUCUUUUCCAAUGGCGCAGUCUCGAAGGUGAAUUUAUUAACCUCGUCCAACCAAAGAAACGUGCUGAAAGUUCAAACUCUCCAGUAAUUACAUCUAAAACAGCUGAUCAUCUUCAUGAUCCGAGUGAUUUACUCAGUGAUCAUUUGAUUAGUUUUCAUUAUAUUCAACCAUUCUACAUGUAUUUACUUGAAUUUAUUGUAUAUCAUUUGAGGCCUAUUCAAAAAAUGGAUUAUUUGAAUGAAUAGUAGUUACAAAGAUAAAAUAAAUAUUAAAACAUGAUUGGAAAAUCAUACUGUAUCUGUGUGUGUUUCUUGUUUUAGCUAAGUUUCUAUUUUUUUACAACCUAAAAUAAAACAAAAAUCAACUUUCUUGUUAAAUAACAAUUUCUUUCAUUUUAUAACAAUGUUAAUUUAUAAAGUUCCUUUUAAAAAUGAUACAUAAAUUAAUUUUAUUUCUAAUUACGCUUCAACUAUUUCUAAUGUCAAUUUAGCCUAUUUAUUCUGUAAAUGUUGAAGAUUUUAUGUUUGUUUUUUUUGUUUCAAUACACAAUUGUUGAUAAAUAUCUGGGCAGUUUCUAUCUCUACUAUAUACGGUUAAAACAUUGUGUAUUUUAUAUCUUGUUUCACAAAGAAUAAGUAUUAAAUGAAUAUUGUUUUCAGUUUUUUAAACUGUGUGUUAGGAUGUUCAUCAAAUAUCCUAAGAGAAUUAUUUUUGUAAGUCUAAUUCUAUUGGUCAAUUCCUACUGGUCAAUAUUAUGAUCGGCCAAACUGUCAAUGUCACAGACUUCAAUGUUGUUUCCUAUUCGACUUAACUGUAUAAAUACGCAUUAUCUGGUAUGUUUUAUGACCAGGACCCGGAUCCCUAGUCCGGGAUCCUGAUUCUCUUC